AUGUCUGACCUCUUUAGUUUCGUAUUCGCUCUUCGCGCUAUCAGAGAUCCUCUGGCUCUUGCCUUCCAGAACGCCAAUUACACUACCGAAGAUCUUCGGAAUGCCAUUGAAGCUGUAAGGAAUGGCAUGAGUCACAGAACUGCAGCGAAUCAAUUCGGGGUGCCGCGUACGACAUUGAGCAGAAAGAUUGACAGCGAGGAUCCGGAAAGGCUACCUCGUGGUCCGAGUCCCGUGUUAGGCGAAACCGAGGAAGACAUCGUGCAAUGGGUUAAGGAUAUGGCUAAAAUGGGAUUUCCUGUCACCAGGGAAGCUCUCCAAGAAACAGGCCGUAAACUGGCGAAAUUAGCUGCAAAAGACGGCAAUCCAAGAGCUCAUCAAAUAGUUUCGGCGGACAAGUGGGUACGCUUGUUUUGUCAGCGACAUCAAGACCUCGCAUUGAGAACGCCCGAGCACAUUUCAAGCGCUCAAGCUAACAUCAGCGAAGCUGACAUUAGAGAGUACUUCACUCGCAUAACGACAUCCUUGCGUGACAGAAAUCUAGCGGAAAUCUUGCAUCAACCGAGUCGAAUCUUCAACGCGGACGAAACGGGAUUCGCUCUGAAUCCUCAUAGCGGGAAAGUAAUGGGAGUCAGAGGGGCUCGCCAUGUCCACUCGGCAGGAGGUUCCGACAAGGAGAACGUUACCGUGCUUGUUUGCGGGUCAGCAGCAGGCCACCUGGCGCCCUCAGCGAUCGUAUUGAGACGCAAACGAAUGCCUCCAGCUUUCACGGACCUACUCCGACAGGGAUUCUGCCUCUUCAAAUCGGAUAAAGGCUGGAUGACCGGCGCCACCUUCCUCGAAUAUCUGAGGUUGAAAUUCAUUCCUUUCCUCGCCGAACAGAACAUCGAAAGACCGGUGCUCCUCUUUUUAGAUAAUCAUAGAUCCCAUCUCACGAUGGAUGUUUCGGAUGAAUCAUGUGAGUUCUCCCGAGAUGAUGUAUUGCGACUACCCACACCACACAGACCGAGGCGGCGCUGA